AUGUCGAACACAAUUACCCGCCCAAAGACCAUUUUAGUGACAGGCGCAACUGGAAAGCAGGGUGGCGCGGUUGUUGAGGCUCUUGCCAACAAUGAGGAGUUCCAGAUCCUUGCGGUCACGAGAAAUGCCUCUGGAGCGGCCGCAAAGGGUUUGCUGGAGCGAUUUCCAAACAUCAAGAUUGUCGAGGGGAAUAUGGAUGAUGCGCCCAAACUCUUUGAAGCUGCAAAAGACGCCGGCAACAAGAAUAUCUGGGGCGUGUUCUCGGUGCAAGUCAGUGAGGGGAAAGGCGUGACCUUUGACAGCGAAGUGCGCCAGGGAAAGGCUAUGAUUGAUGAAGCUAUCAAGAACAAAGUGGAAACUUUUGUGUAUAGCAGCGUCGAGAGAGGAGGAGAUGAGAAGAGCUGGACCAAUCAGACGCCAGUCGACCAUUUCAAGAGCAAGUACUUCAUCGAGCAACAUUUGCGAGAUAACGCAGACAAAUCUAUGAAGUGGACAAUCCUUCGACCAGUGGCACUCAUGGAGAACAUGAAGCCAGGUUUCGAAACUACUGUCUUCUUCACAGCUCUCAAAAACGCUCUUGGACAGACACCGAUGCAAUGGGUCGCCACUCGUGAUGUUGGGAGGUAUGCGGAGAAGGCAUUCGUGAAGCCCGAACGCUGGGACCGUAAGGCUGUCGGACUUGCUGGUGAGGAGAUGACGUUCUCGCAACUCAGUGAUCAACUGAAGUCCUCAACUGGUUCUCCUGCCGGAACAACGUAUGGCAUUUUGGCCUCUGCUUUGAGAUGGGCAAUCCCUGAGAUUGCUAGGAUGUUGGAUUGGUUCGCAUCGGAUGGGUACCGGGCUGAUAUUGGGAAGUUGAGGGAGUCGGACUCUGAGCUUUUGACGUUCAAGAAGUGGUUGGAGAAGGAUAGUCAGUUUACGGCGAAAGCUUAG